ACGAACAGGUGCGUGACGCAAAACCAGUCAUUCAGUGAUACGAGCCUGAAGCUAAUACGGAGAUUAGCAGUAAAAUAUCUAGUUUACGGACAUUUUAAAGCUUGAGGUCCAUUUAGAAAAUAUAUACACAACUGGACAGGACGGAGGAGGUGUUCGGGACAGAGAAAAACAUGGUUUAAAAGGGCUGGUAAAACCCACAGUCUGGCUCCUCUGACCAAACUCUGAACACUCUGCAGCUUCUGUCAGCAUGUCAGGUAGCUACACUCCAGCCCCAGGGGGGCCCUUUUCGGCACUUACACCCAGUAUGUGGCCCCAAGACAUCCUGGCCAAGUACCACCAGAAAGACCAGAAUAUGGACUCGGAACCUCAGUAUGAUGAGUUUGGCUUCAGAAUCGAUAGUGAAGAUGGCGUGGAGCCCCGCGAGUGGCUCCGGGGGGACGGAGCUCCACAAACAGAAGACCCUCAGCAGAGGCUGCGCUGGCAGGCCCACCUGGAGUUUACUCAUAACCACACAGUUGGAGACCUCACCUGGGACAAAAUCUCUCCCAGCCUUCCACGCUCUGAACGCCUCCGAUCACUGGUACUGGGAGGAAUUCCACACAGCAUGAGACCCCAGUUAUGGAUGCGUCUGUCAGGGGCACUGCAGAAGAAGAGAACUUCAGAAAUUUCAUACAGAGAGAUCAUCAAAAACAGCUCAAACGAUGACACCACUGCAGCCAAACAGAUAGAGAAGGAUCUUUUGCGGACCAUGCCCACUAACGCAUGCUUCAGCACUCUUACAAGUGUUGGUGUGCCCAGGCUCAAGCGGGUACUGAGAGGGUUGGCAUGGCUCUAUCCAGAUAUUGGCUACUGCCAGGGAACAGGGAUGGUGGUGUCGUGCUUGCUGUUGUUUCUUGAGGAGGAGGAUGCCCUGUGGAUGAUGUGUGCGCUGAUUGAGGACCUUCUUCCUCCAUCUUACUUUUCUUCCACUCUGUUGGGAGUGCAAACAGACCAGCGUGUUCUCCGCCAGCUUAUAGUGCAGUACCUGCCCAGUCUAGACCAGCUGCUGCAGGAGCAUGACAUUGAGUUGUCCCUGAUCUCUCUGCACUGGUUCCUCACGUCCUUCGCCAGUGUGGUGGAUAUCCGGAUCCUGCUGCGCAUCUGGGACCUGCUGUUCUAUGAUGGAUCCAUUGUUCUGUUCCAGGUUACACUGGGCAUGCUUAAAAUAAAGGAAGAGGAGCUGGUGUCAUCAGAGAACUCAGCUUCUAUCUUCAACACGCUGUCUGAUCUGCCCAGUCAGCUGGAGGACGGGGCGGCGGUUCUUGGGGAGGCAGUCAGACUGGCCGGUUCCCUCUCUCAGGAUACGCUGGACUCUCACAGACGCAAACACCUGGCCUAUAUCCUGGCUGAGCAAGCCCAGCUCAACUCCAACAACUCACAUACACUAAAUACUAACCUUAAUAAGGUGGUUCGCAGACAGAGCCUGCGUAGAAAGUCCACUCUGAGCUCACUGCUGUUUGGGGAGGAUGAGGCAGAAGCGCUGAAGGCCAAAAACAUCAAACAGACUGAACUAGUUGCUGCACUACGAGAAGCAAUCACCCGCACGGCCGAACAUUUCCACUGCCUGGACCCCCGACACUGCAGCAUGGACCUGACUCCAGAUUACUCUAUGGAGAGUCACCAGCGAGACCACGAGAACUUUCUUGUUGUUUCACGGAAUCGCAGGAGGCGGGCCAAGGCCCUGCUGGAUUUUGAACGGCAUGAUGAUGAUGAACUGGGCUUUCGGAAGAACGACAUCAUUACAAUUGUUUCACAGAAGGAUGAGCACUGUUGGGUGGGGGAGCUGAACGGGCUGAGGGGUUGGUUUCCAGCUAAAUUCGUGGAAGUCUUGGAUGAAAGAAGUAAAGAGUAUUCUCUAGCAGGAGACGACUCUGUGACGGAGGCCAUAACAGAUUUGGUACGGGGAACGUUGUGUCCAGCACUGAAAGCCAUUUUUCAGCACGGCCUGAAGAAGCCGUCCAUACUGGGAGGACCCUGCCACCCCUGGCUCUUCAUUGAAGAGGCAGCCAGCAGGGAGGUUGAGAGGGACUUUAACUCGGUCUACUCCAGACUGGUCCUUUGCAAAACAUACAGGUUAGAUGAAGAUGGAAAGGUGCUCACACCUGAGGAGCUUCUGUACAGAGCAGUGCAGUCUGUCAACAUGAGCCACGACUCCGCUCACGUUCAGAUGGACGUCAAGUUCCGCUCACUCAUUUGUGUAGGACUGAAUGAGCAGGUCCUGCACCUGUGGCUGGAGGUGCUGUGCUCCAGUAUAAAUGCAGUAGAGAAGUGGUACCAGCCCUGGUCGUUCCUGCGCAGCCCCGGCUGGGUCCAGAUCAAGUGUGAGCUCAGAGUUCUCUCCAAGUUUGCCUUCAGUCUCUCACAAGAUUGUGAACUGCCUGCCAAAAAAGAAGAAAAAGAACAAAGGCCUCUAAAAGAGGGUGUUCAGGACAUGCUGGUGAAGCAUCACCUCUUCAGCUGGGACAUCGAUGGGUAGAAACUCUAGUCUGAACCCACAGUAUGUGAGGGUUACACACCAGGUGCUACACACACUCGCUCAUUUUAACUGGGGGCGAAAAAAGAAAAUGAGUUGAUGAAGCGCUUUCCAUGACCAUGUUGAAAUAGUGAGUAUUUGAGUGUGUAGAUACCAGUAUGUUCCACCAGUGACCAGUGGCUUUCGUGUGUGCUUGCAUGACUGCCGUCGACUUCAACACUUCAGGACCACACACACACACACACACACACACACACACACACUGCUUCAGAAUGCAUAAAAACCUCCCAAAAAAUCACCUUCACCAAGUUCUGUCGGAGUUUGAAGUUCCUCUUCCCGGGAUAUAAGGGGUUGUCUGAGACAGUACUAUAAAGGGCAUGCCUAGAGCCAUGAAUGAGAUAUAUAUACAGAUUCUACACUCUACUGUAGAUACACACACACACAUACUUCUCCCACAAACAUCCACACACUCACAAACAAACGCACACACUAAUUUGUUUAGCUUCGUAUGCAGCAGUCCUACAGUGUUUGUGUAGGAUUAGCUCAGUGGCCGAUGCUUGCCUUGGUUUUUUGCACAUUUACCUCUUUUUGGGUUGUUAAAGAGUUUGCACCAGAAACACUGUAUAUAGUGUACAUAUGAUUUGAAUUAUACGCUGUGUUUAGUCACGUUUCAUGGUUGUUGGACCACUUUUCAAGACCCUGUUUUAAAAAGAUCCUGCAAGAAGUGUUUUAGAUGGACUGUAUUGUAAUCUUUUCAUCAUCGUCGUCUCUCUGCACCUCCCUCAGCAUUAUCCAUACGUCUAAAAAAGCUGAUAAAAUAAAUAAACAAAUCCUAGCUGGUGGUGGAAGUAGUGGAUGAAAAAAAACAGAAUUUUGUCACAGUUGUAUUUAAGCUCAUUUUUUUGGUGUUUUUAUGAUUUACAUCACUGAAAAACAGCAGCUGCCCCUUGUCCUCGUCAGCAUUUCAUGAAUGGACCAAAAGAUGAUCCAAAAUGAUGUGGAAUUAAAAUUUAUUCUUAUAUUAAA